CGUGCUAUUGUCCAAGCGGAAAGAGCCAAGUUUAUUAUGAGGACUAUAUGCUCUAGAGACCUGGGGCUAGGCGGCUCCUUGGGAGGCUUUUCAUAAAACAAGGCUCAGCUCCUAUAAAGGAGGGCAGUUUUUGAGCAGGCGCCGAGCAGUGCACAUCUACCCACGGCACGAGCCUCCUUCAAACCAGUAAAAAUUCAGCCGCCACAAGCUCCCCAACUUCUUCCGCGUUUUGGCUUGCUUUUUUCAUGUGCUCCUCGCCAAUUUAAUCCAAUUUGAAUUUGACGUUUGUGUGUAUUUUUCCCUGGGAGUGCAGCUUUCCUUCUCCACUGAGCCUUUUCAAUGUAUAAAAUGGAGUAUUCUUACCUCAAUUCCUCUGCCUACGAGUCCUGUAUGGCCGGGAUGGACACUUCGAGUCUGGCGUCAGCCUAUGCGGACUUCAGCUCCUGCAGCCAAGCCAGUGGCUUUCAGUACAAUCCCAUCAGGACGACGUUUGGGGCCACCUCCGGGUGCCCGUCGCUUACACCGGGCUCCUGUAGUCUGGGCACCCUGCGGGACCACCAGAGCAGUCCGUACGCCGCAGUCCCCUACAAGCUGUUUACCGACCACGGAGGUUUGAAUGAGAAGCGGAAGCAGAGACGCAUUCGGACAACUUUCACCAGCGCACAGCUCAAGGAGCUGGAGCGCGUGUUCGCAGAGACUCACUACCCAGACAUUUACACAAGAGAGGAGCUCGCGCUGAAGAUCGAUCUCACCGAGGCUAGAGUGCAGGUGUGGUUUCAGAACAGGCGCGCUAAGUUUCGCAAACAAGAACGUGCAGCCGCCGCAGCAGCUGCUGCAGCAAAAAACGGCUCUGGAAAGAAAUCUGACUCGCGAGAGGAGGACAGCAAAGAAGCAAAGGCUACCGAUCCUGACAGCACUGGUGGGCCCGGGCCUAACACAAACCCUACCUCCAACUGUGGUGGACCAAGUCCCACAGGAGGACAGGUCAGCGCCACAGGAAACGGCCCGGUGGAACAGGUGAAGACGUCAGUGGCCGGUAUGGGAGGCACCGCGCCGAGUCAAGGUUGGGCCUCUGCCCCGGGCACCAUCACCUCCAUUCCGGACUCUCUGGGCGGACCGUUUGCUAGUGUUCUGUCCUCAUUACAAAGACAGAACGGAGCCAAAGCCACUUUAGUAAAGACCAGCAUGUUCUGAGUUAGUGCUUGAUGCAGAAAAGAAACGACGACCGCGAGAUUCAACAAACAAACAAGUAAGCGUUUACUGUAGUCACUGAUAACUGGAAAAGGGAUAAUGUCAAAAGAAGGAGAGAGCCCUGUAUCUCUACCCACUGGUGUAGAAAAAAAAGAGACCAUCUCUGGUCCUCAUUCGACUACUUUCGACGCCAUUGGUUUACACCAGAAGCUGGAUAAUUUACCAUACACAUUAUGUUAACAUUGUGACCUUAUCCGGACUGUUUUGUUUUGGCUGUGGUCGUCGACAUAAUUUCUGACUAAUUCAAGUAAACUAAUCUAUAGACUGCGAUGCGCGCUCCUGCUGCAAAGAAAACUCAUCAAGGACUCACGAAGAUACAAUGUCAUUAUUCAGUGUCAUUAUACAUGUCAUUAUAUCUUGGCGCCAUAAUUAUUUGUUUACAUUGACUUUAAACGUACCAAUAGCGCAAGUUACAUGUCUGUAUUACAGAAUACUGCCAAAUGUGGCACUCUGUUAUAUAUUUUUACCUAUAAAUUUACCAAGCCUUAGAG